AUGGAUGAAGACAAAAUCAGCCAAUUCCCAAAUGAAAUUCUUCAACACAUCCUCUCCUUUAUCGACAUCCAUGAAGCCGUUGAAACCACCAUUCUCUCCAAGAGAUGGAAACACCUCUGGCGUUCCCUCCUCUGUAUCCGCUUGCACAUCCACGGCGGCGCCGCCUACCGCCACCGCGUCUCCCAAUUCCUCUCCCACCGCGACGCUGCAGCCGCCGUCCACGACUUCCACCUCUCCCUCGACAUCAAAACUAAUCUUGACACGGCAUUCGUGGAGGAAUGCGUGCUCUAUGCCAUCAAUCACAACGUUCAGUCCCUCCGCCUCCAAAUCCUCCGCCACUACGAGCCAUUUCUCGGGCUUCCGGCUCCACUUCUCGUCUCUGAGACGCUGCUGGAGCUCGAGAUCAGGCAGGUGCACUUCAGGGGCAUAUAUUUACCCAGACGGUUUUCUCUACCGAAUUUGAAAACACUUUGUCUCGAAAGGCUUUGGCUCUUCGACGAUCAUCGCUCCCGGGAAGACGUGGUGGAGCCGUUCGCGGGCCUCCCGGAGCUGGAGAAGCUCUAUCUGUGCGAAUUUCCGAUCACUGACCUUGUUUUAAGGGCUCCGAAGCUUAGAGUUCUUGAAAUCGUUCAAUAUUCUUUCCAAAAUAUGGAAGUUGCAAAAGAGAUUUCAGCUCCGUUGCUUACCUCGUUUCGAUACGAGGGACAUUUGCCUUUGGAAUGUUCAAAGAUGAAUCUCCCAAUGUUGGAAAAAGUCCAUUUAGACAUUCAUCAUGUUAGUAACCAUGUGAAAGGGAUGCAUCUAAAUUGUGUUAGGAUGCUUCAACAACUUGGUAAAGCUACCGUUGUUUCAUUGACUUUGGACACUCUCAAGGUUCUUGAACUGGAUGGUGGUCCCAUAGAGCAAAGUCAUUCUCCAUUUCGCAACCUCAAAUGUCUCAAGUUGGUGGAAGGACGUCGCAAAAUUCGUACAGUGCUUCAAAGCGUAAUGAACUACUUGACAGUGGGGACUUUGUAUUUUGAGUCGAUGAUGGUGGAGUUUCCUGAUGAUGUAGUUGUGGUUGAACAAAAUUCCGAAUAUAUGUCCGACGAGGAAGACACGGAUUAUACUUGGGGAUUUGAUAAUCUAUUCCGAAAUUGAAAUGUUGACAUGUUUGAAGAGCUUCUUGUGCCUAUCUAAUUUGGAAAAACAAUGAUGCUCAAACCCUAGAUACCAAUAUCAAUAAUAUUAGUCUUUUGCCAUUUUUUCUGUAA